AUGUGGUCCAUCAUUGAAACAGGAAACUUCAUUCCAAUGACUGCUCCAAGUGACGUUGCUCCUGCUGCCCCAAAACCUCAUGUGUCCUGGAACACUGAAGAGAAAAACCAGGUACUCUUAAACUCAAAAGCUCAAUUCAUUUUAUCAUGUGCUCUUAGCAGGGAAGAAUAUGAUAGGAUUGAAGAAUGUGAUACUGCCAAAGAAAUCUGGGAUAAACUCAAAAUUCAUCAUGAAGGAACAAGUCAUGUAAAAGAAGAAAGAAUAGAUACGGGAGUAAGAAAUUUUGAAUCAUUCGAAAUGAAAGAAGAUGAAACCAUAGACGAAAUUUUCUCCAGGUUUACAAUUAUUAUUAAUGAAUUAAGAUCUCUUGGAAAAAUUUAUUCUGCUCAUGAAAGAAUAAGAAAAUUACUCAGAUGUAUCCCUAAGGUUUGGAGAUCAAUGGUUACUGCUAUAACUCAAGCCAAAGAUCUAAUAACUCUACUAGUUGAGGAACAUGUUGGUUCUCUUCGUGCUCAUGAAUGUAUCAUUCAAGAAGAUAAACCACAAAAGAAAGGAAAAUCUAUUGCUCUUAAAGCUGCUUAA